AAUGUGCGCAAUCGUCGGGCGGGAAGGCUGCGUGGUUUCCCGGGGCAACUGGUGGAGAGACGUCAGCGGCUUCUCCGAGCCCCUCAGGCGGUCUCGCGGCCCGCGGGAAAGGGACGAGAGUCCCAGGCAGCGGUGAACUCGUGCGGACCCCGCCAAGCGGCUGGGUCCUCGGAGCGUCCAAGCGGGCAGCUGCUGCGCCCUGACCGGCUACCCGGGCAAGCAGCGCGAAUGGAGUGGCUGGCGCAUCAUCCCUGGCUGCAGAGUCCGGGCAGCGCUCCAAAGCUGGGACGGGCACAGUCCCCUUUCCCGCGGAUCGCCGUUCCAGCGGCUGCUGGCUGAUCGCGCGGCCGGAGCAAGCCUCCCUUCCGGCCCCUUGGAGCGCAUGGCCUUGCGGGCAGCCGGCUCCUCCGUCGGAGCAGGCACGGGACGCGGCGGCGCUGCUUUUGCCUGGCCGGAGAUGCGCUCUCGCCGGCUCCUCCUCGAUGUGUAGCGCCGCGCGCAAGACGCAGCCGCGGCCCUCCUCGCCACCAGCGGCCUCUCGCCUUCUGCUCUUGGGGGUGCUGCUGCGGGAUGUCCCUCCCCUGUCGCUGCCCAUGGAGGUGGCCGCCCUGCUGAGCAACGCCUCGGAGGGCAGCGGGGCCGGCGCCAACGAGAGCGGCGGCGGCGGGAGGGAGGUGUCUGUGCAGGGCCCCCCUGGCGGCGGCGCCGCCACCCCCACCCCCGCGGAGGCGGCGCAGUGGGGCUGGUCGGGGGCAGCGCUGGCCUCGCAGGCGCUGCUCCUGCUGCUGAUCUUCGCCCUCUCCGCCUUCGGCAACGGCGCCGUGGUGGUGGUCAUCGCCCGGCACCGGCAGCUCCGGACGGUCACCAACGCCUUCGUGCUCUCGCUCUCCCUCUCGGAGCUGCUGGGCGCCGUGCUGUGCCUGCCGCCGGCCUUCCUGAGCCUGCUCAGCGGGCGCCCCCACGGGGCCUGGCUCUUCGGGCCGCGCCUGUGCCUGGCCAGCGCCGCCCUGCACACGGGCUUGGGCAUCGCCGCCACCCUCACCAUGGCCCUGCUCGCCUUCGACCGCUACUGCGCCAUCGUCCGCCAGCCGCGGCACAAGAUGGGGCGCCGGAGAGCCGCCCAGCUCUUGGCCGCCGCGUGGCUGGUGGCCCUCGGCUUCUCCGGGCCCUGGUAUGUGCUGGCUCAGGGGCAGCAGCAGCCGCCGCGGGAAGAGGAGGAGGAGGAGACGGCGUCGGCGUCGGGAGCAGCAGCAGCAGCAGGGCCGCCUGCCCCCUACCACUGCCUGUACGCGCUGCCGCAGGGGGGCUCUUCGGGCGUGGGCCCCCCCUACAGCGCCGCCUUGAUCGUCCUGUGCUACCUGCUGCCCUUCGCCCUCAUGUGCUUCUGCCACCACUACAUCUGCCGGGCCGUGCGCCUCUCGGAGAGCCGGGUGCGGCCCCUCACCGCCUACGGCCACGUGCUGCGCUUCUAUGGCGAGAUGCGCACCGCCACCACCGUCCUCAUCAUGAUCGUCUCCAUGAUCUGCUGCUGGGGCCCCCACUGCGUCCUGGGCCUGGCCGCGGCCACGGGGCGCCUCUCCUUUUCGCCCACCGUGGACACCGUGGCCAACUGGAUGGCCUGGGCCAACGGCGCCAUCAACCCCCUCAUCUACGCCGCCCGCAACCCCAACAUCUCCAUGCUGCUGGGGCGCAACCGGGAAGGGGGCUACAGGACCCGCAACAACAUAGGCGCCUACUUGGCCGCAGUGCAGGGGCACCGGCUGGAGGCCAAAAGCCGGGCCGAGCGCUACGCCAGCCAUGGGCAGGGCAGCGGGGCCACAGCUGGGAGCGCCCGGUCCUCUUCCAGUCCUGCCAGUGGAGGGGAGGUGGCCAUGUGGGCCUGCAAGAACCCGGCUCUGCUCUUCUGCCGCGACAGGCAGCAGCCUGACCCACUUUCCAAAGCUGGCAUGCAACCCCAAUCAGACACGGUGGAUACCAGCCUUUGACACAACGUCCAGCACGGAUUGGGACUGGCUUAAGAGCAUGGCAGUUGGCUUGGUAGCCUUCUCCGUGCAGCCAGUUUAUAGCUAGACUAAGAGAAAAUGCCCGUAAGGAGGGGAGCAACAACUCUGUAUGGGAAAAAUAGAUUCAGAGGGCAGGGGAAGGGGUCAGCUUGAAUCCUGGGACUCUUGAGCCCUAUGUCAUUUGAUGCUUUAGAUCGGUUAGUUUUACAGACUUGUGCAAUGCUGAUCCACACAGAAGAUUUGGGUUCUGCUGCUUUCAGUGUCCUCGUGUUUAAAGCCAGUGUUUAAAGAGAUUAGCAACAGGAGCCCUACAAUAGAAUCAGCUCAACAAUGAGGUGCAGGGGUAAGAGUGAGUAGUGGCCACACUGGAACAACUAGGGACCGCUCUUCAUUCUGGAUGGGAUGUGGAGGAUGUGGUGGCAUAGUUGUGGUAACUGAUGCUGAACAUUUGCAAAAUGGCAAUGGGGUGGAAGAGACUAGAACUGGAUGGCUUGUUACAAGAGUGUGUCACCGCACAAUAGCCUCCUGACGCACAGCCACAUUCCUCCCAGCACUUACUAGUUACUAAAGGCUGCACUAGAUGAGAUGAAAAAUGUGUUACUGCAUCUCCAUCUUUUAUAGCUUUUUUUUU